UUAUGGACUGUAUUCCUUUGUGAAUAAAAAGUGGAGUUUCUGCAGUGUUUUCUAUGGAAGACCGGUUUAUUAAUGUAAUAUUCGAGAUUGCUGAUAAAAAAAGGCGAACCAACAAAACGAAUACGAGAUACAAAACGUGGAGGGAAAAGUGUAAAGGUAGUGGGUACAAGAAAAUACAUGAGCUCCCGCUUUCGUCCGCCGGCGAACAUAUUUAUCUCCGGCAGCAAAUGUAAUAUUUUGACAAAGAGGUCGAAAUAAUCUCAUCGGUAAAGCACUCCUCACUGUAUGUGAUCUAUUGUGUAGGCUAAUAAAAAGAGCAUAGAAAGAUGUCAGAAGCAGAGAAGAAGGAAAAUUUUACGAUGGAGAGUCAAGGUGCUUGCUCUGAGAGUCUAGAGGAAAGUAAAAUUUUGGAUAAUAGGGGAUUCAACUUGACCGAGAGUCAAGAUUUUCAUCUGGUAGAUAUAGAGGAAGAAGAAUCUUCAAGUAAAUCUCAAGAAGAUUUAGAAGAUACAAAGCAAGAAGAAGUUGUUUCUUCUGUUUCUGGUGAUAAUACUGAGGUAACUUUGAAUGAAAUAAAUCUAACAAUAUCUAAAGCAGCUUCUGAUGCACAGAAUUGUGAGCUUAUGAAAGAGGAGGAUGCACAGAAGAAAGAAUCGCCAAAGAAAACAGAAGGGGGAAAUAUAGUUAAUGAAAGUAACACAGUAGAAAAUAAAAGUAAACAUUCUGAUGAAGAUGAGGAAAUUAUACAAUGCACACCACCUGAGGUUCAUUCACCAUCUAAAAGACAAGCUGGUGACAGUGCAGUGACAAGUCUAAAACGUAAAGCAGGAUCAUUUGAUGAACCACCUAAAAAAAUUUUGAAAACAUCUAAGGGAGAUCUAUUCUUACCUGAGAAAAGAGAACUAGAAGAAGAUGAAAGUUGUCAUUCAUUUAAAUCUGAUGGUUCUCAUCAUGAACUUUCCAAAAAUUGCACUGAUACAAUUGUUAUAAUCCCAGAAACUCAGGACGUUGGAGAGGAUGAUAUAGAAACUAUCUUAGAAAAACCGACAAAAUAUGAGGAAAAAACCAAGGAUGAAAGGCAUCCUGAAUUGGGAAUGAAAGAUUAUGAAAUAGAUAAGAAUGAAAAUUUUAAUGAUACAUCAAAAUUAAAUGAAGCUCUUUUGAACAAAGAACAUAAUGAAGAGGUAUUUGAUGCAAAAAGUAUUACGCAAUCUAAUGAUAGUAGGAAAUCACCGAUUCAAAUAAAAGAGAAAGAUUCUACAUCUUCACUUAUAGUAGUAACAGGUGAAAAAAUAAAAUCGGAUUCAAAUAAUAAAAGUACAGAUAUAAAAAUAACGAACAGUGAAGAAGUAGAAGACAAGGAAAAUGGUGUUGAAUCUAAAAGGCAUGCUAAUUUAGAAAAAAGUAGUGAUAUUCAGGAAAUACCAGUUUCAAAGGAAAUAAAUGAAUCUCAUUCUAAUAUGUACUCCGGAAAUAUGUGUAAACCAAGACAGAGUGUAGAACUUAUAUACGAUCGAACUACAAUUCAUGAUGUCAAACCAAAAUCCAAAGAACUAGUAGAAAUUGAUGAAGAUGGAGAAAAGAUUGUUCUAGAUUCCUCUCAAGAAGAUUCUGAUACAAAAGCAGAAAAUAAGACUAUCUUAGAUAAUUCAAAGUCUGAAACAAUAUAUAAAAGCUGUUACGACAGUAAAAGUAGUAGUGAUUUUAGUUACAAAUCAAUAGAGAAUACCAAAGAAUCAUCUCUUGAUUCAGCUAAAUCUGGUAGUAAACUGGUAAAUGGAAGUAGCGAAUCCAAAAGGUGUGAUACUGACAGUACAGCUAGUUUACAAUCCGACACAUUUAGCGAUAUACCAGUUGGUCUUGACAAAGCUGACAACAAUAUUUCUACAUCUGUACAUAAUAUAAACAAGCAGAUCAAACCAAUCUCUGUAUCUAAGGAUAGCGAUCACGCUGAUUUAUUAAGUGUAAGUGAGAAUGAACCUGAUGUUUUUAUAGUAGAUGAUAAAAGUAAGUCAAAUUUAACUCACAGUAGCUCUAUCACAAAAGCCUUGCAAGUGGAAAAAGAAAUCGGUAUAUAUGUUAGAAUGAAAUGUUUAUUACACGUCGAUGAAGGUACAAAAGAAUUUGUAAGUAAAGAAAUCACUGGCGUACAGUGCGAAGCCAUCACUACAGAGCCUAUUUCAAUGAGACAAAAAAACAAUGAUACGUCUGCUUCGUUAGCAGACAUUUCUGGAAAUGACAAUAAGGAUACAUCUCCGGGAUCUGUGAACAGUAAUCCGCAGUUGUAUCAAUUGAAUCCUUCCAGACUUUCGUUCGCUUCUACGGUGAGUUCUUUAAGUUCCAUAUCUAGCGCUGCUUCGCUGGCAGCGAAAUUUGCAAUCAGAGAUAAUAUGCAUUUUUCAUUGCCGAGAGCGCCUGCAAAACACGCAAAACGGCAUGCCCAAGAUAUACAUUUAUUGAAUGAUAAACAAGCGGCGGAUGAAGCAUACGAACGUUUCACUAAAGAAUGGCAGAAUAGUAAUCUUCUCACAACAACUAUUCUAAAUUUUGCGAACACAGAACUCACUGGAAUUGAUACGUACAAUGUCAGUAACGAGAGGAUAGACGACCAAUUACAAAAGAUUCGUUCUUCUACUCCAGAGGUUCCACAAGACCUAAUACAGGUACAAACUCCUAAAAGCACAAAAAAGAAUAAGUCGGUAAAAAGGUCAAGAAGUAAAAGUACGAAAUCAGAUGGUCAGUCAAAUGGAUUAAAUAAGGUCUCCACAAAGGCACUAAGUCCUACAGAGAGCAAUAAUACACCGAGUAGAAAGAAGAACAAAACAGAACAUGCGGAUAAUACAUCAACUAACAUAGACGUCUCGACAAAACCGCUAUCGCAAAUGAUAACAGACGAUUUGAUCGGUAAAGAUGUUUUUGCUAAAUGGUCUGACAAUAAUUACUACCCUGGUACAGUAAUCGAUAAAAUAAAGGCCAAAUAUAAGGUUAAUUUCUAUGACGGAAAGAAUAAAGUACUUAUAGCUGACUUCGUUAUACCAAUACCGAAAGUUUUGAAGGAAGGUUUGUCUAUAUAUGCUACUACUAAGAAUUACGAUUAUGGAUCGUGUGGUAUAAUCGUUGACAGUCAAACUGUAAAUAACGAUGUGUACUAUACAGUAGAAACAGACGAGGGAGAGAAAUUACGAGUGCAAAUUAAGGAUAUGUCUUUGUCCGCGGAUCAAGCUCAGGUAUUAAAAGAGGAAAUUAAUUCGGAAAACAAGAGUCUACCGUCUACGCCUAAAAAUUUAGGUCAAAUAACCUUAGAUAAUAUGGUUGAUGGUAAAAGACGCUCUAAACGAAUCGCCACUCCUAGUUUCUCCACGCCUAAGCUUAAAUUGAUUCAAUCUCCUAGUAAAUCUGAGCUGGAACCAUCUGUUUCUGGUAUUGCUUCUACAGUUAAAAAAGACAAGAAAUUAUCCUCUGAGAGUGAUGGCGUCUCUAGCGAUUCCAAUAUUUCCGUGAAAGACGAAGUGUACUCCAUUGGUGUACAGCCUGAGAUAAUUGGUACUCCAUAUGAGCAAAUUGUGAAAGGACCACAAAAUCGAAUCAAAAGCAAGUCAAGAAGUAAAAAAAAAGCGGAUGAUGAGGAAACUAUCGCCGUGUUUGGUCCAAUUCCACGUACAGACUCAAAUCUCUUUAAAGGCAUGUCUUUUAUUCUCACAUGUGCACCUUUAGAAACUAUAGAUCGGUUUCAGUCUGAGUGCAAGGAUUAUGGUUCAGAAACGGGAACAGAAACUGAAGAAGAAUGGGUGAAAAAGCCUUUUGUAAGGGAUAGAUUAAAUACACAAAUAGUAGCGGGUGGCGGAAAAGUAUAUACGGACUUCAAUGAAAUACCCCAAGAUGAGUACAAAUAUACAAAAUUAAUAACGAAUGUGCCAAACACAACUGCAAAGACUCUGCUGUGCCUCUCAGUCGGCAUACCCGCGUAUAAUCAUAAUUGGAUAAUAAGAUGUUGCCAAGAGGGAAAAAUUGUAAAUCCAGCUGAGAAUGAAUUACCUGUGGGAUGGAGUUUGAAUAAAAAUUCGUAUAUUGACAUGUUCCAAAGACCUAGCAACAAACCAUUGACCCAAGUGGUUGUAAUAAUUCCAUUUGUAGAGUCUGAGAAACAGUUUGCCCCGUUUUGGCGCCAAAUUUGUGAAAAUGCAGGUGCUGUUGUCUUAUUAGCAGAUAAGCCAGAUACAAUGGAAAGUUUCGUGGAAGGAACAGUAGUUCUCACGAACAGUUUAUGCCCAUCUUGGGCGGUCGAAAAAGCUACUGAGCUACAAAUUCCAUUGCUCUCCACAACAUGGAUCGUUCAAAGUUUAAUAGAAGGAAAAUUAUGUCCAUACGAUGAUCAUUCUCGUUAUAAAUAUAAUUAUAAGAAAAACUAG